CACAUCCUUAUCAUUUUAUGCUUCAAAGGAUUCUGAGUGGGCAUUUUACUACAUACGUUGUGUUAUCAAAUGAAUGUAACGGACGGCAAUGUUCAUAUCUUAUGCUACGAAUUCCGAAAUCUAAACUACUAUCUUUCAAUUACUGGAAAAAGAAACAUCUUGAACAACCCUUCUAACUGAGCAAAUUGCGUACAGCAGCAGUGAGCAGCUGAAGCAGAAAGAUUAAUUAGAAGCUUCGGUACAAGCCCAAUACCAAAAAGCCCAAAACGGUGUCGUUUCUGGAAGCUAGCUUAAAAGUACAACUGAGAGAAGGGCUGAGAAGAAGGGCAGUGAGAGUGAGAUGGCGAGAGCAGAAGCACUAAAGGCCUACAGAUCGCUGCUCAGAGCGACUCGGAAGUCGUUUGCCGGAGAUACGGUGAUGCUCAAGGGUUCGGCGGCGGAGGUCCGACAGAAAUUCGAAGAGAAUAGGGGAGUGACGUCAGAGGCGGAGAUUGAAAGACUCCUCGGCGAGGCUCGCGAGGCCUCCAGCUUCAUCUCCACAAUGAUCGUCCAGGCCAAGCUCAAUUCCCGCGGCGGCUACGAAGUGAAGCCGGAAAAGGACCAUGCCGGAGCUACGCUUGAGAUUCCUUCUGAAGAAAUCCUUCCCAAAUCUUAGUCUUACUGUUAUUGAGAAACAAGUUUACAAUGUAUGGCGGCGUUGCUCUUUAGAGGGUUAUAUUUCCCAAACUUCAUUUUCUUUUUUCUUUCUGUAACCAUUGUUGUGCUUAAACCAUUUUCAGUUCAUGGAAUGGUUUUCCAUAUAAUGAUCUUGAUACUUUGGCUUUGUUUUGCUUCACU